AUGUUCCAGCUCAAAAAACCAGUCCCCACUGAGGAUGCUGUCCUUGGUGCCAUCAAGAAUCAACUGUCUCGUCAAUUCAGGACCACUCAAACCACCUACCAGAAUGCAACUUAUAUCAGUGAGUUCAACAAAUGAGGCUUAUAUCAUAAAGACAUUUAUUUCCACUCUAUAAAAUAAUUUCUUAAUAAGUAAACAUUCAAUUGCUCCUGCUAUCUAAAUUCUACUUGAAUGUUUUUCAAUGUUGUUGAAACUCCUAAGUUGUAACAGUUCAGGAAAUAUAUUUUUUAAAAAGGAUAUGUAUAUGUAUGUGUGUGUAUAUAUAUAUAUAUAUAUAUAUAUAUAUAUAUGUGUGUGUACAUAUAUAUGUGUGUGUACAUAUAUAUGUGUGUGUAUAUAUAUAUACAUAUAUUUGUGAGAAAAAAAACAUAUGGGGGAUUGGAAGUGAUGCAGACAAUUACAUUGAUGGACGUUACAAUCUAUCGGCAAUAUUAAAGCUGAUCUACCCAAAGAAGAAAAAAAUAAAAAAAAUAAAAAGUUGUAGCAGUUCAUUUUGUCUGUUGCUAUAGUGACCUUUUUUUUGUGUGCUCACAGAACUUACAGAUACUUCAUUUGCCAUCGACCUUGGUUUCAAAAUCACCAAUGUAACCCUGGAGUCUCUAAGUAAUAGACUCACAUUCACCAAUGAGACCUACGUCCAGAUACAGGAUUCAAUUAACAGACUAGUAAGAUACUGUGCUUCUAUACAAAAUAUACAUCCAUGGUCAUGUUCAGGUCACGAUAGUAAUUGACAACUUGAUGUUUUGUCCCCUUUUAGCUCCAUACAAUUCUCAGUGAACCAGACGGCAAACAGUUUCCCUUUCCCCAAGCCAACUUCAUGUAAGUACAACGUCAUGCCCGUGAACCAACCCAGCGUUCUCAACUGCACUCUUUAGAAUUUCUGCAGAUUUCAUACAGCUGCUGUUUGUACAGCUAAACAGGAUGAAGGGAACAUGUUCAACUCUCACACAAAACCCAUUUUUACGUCCACAGCGCUGAUGGCACUCAAAUCAGGGCAAAUGUGAUAUAUGUAUACAAAGAGGAAGAUGUCAACCUCCCUAGUGGUUUACUACAGGAAGUCUUAAAAGUCUCAGGUAUGCUGCUUUUGUCAUUUCUAUGAUUUUUAUGACAGUGAGUUAUCAAACACCAUGUAACGUGUGUAAUAAUCAAUCUCGAAAACACUUAUAUAUCUAUGUUAUAUGACAUAUUACAAGUUUAUAUUCCCUCUAAAAUAUAUUUUCAUUUAUAUUCUAGGUCUCCUGACCACCACUGUUGCCCCAACAACAACUACCAGUACCACAAGUGUUGGAGGUUUUCCUGGCUGGGCUUUGGCCAUUAUCAUCCCUUGUGGCAUCGCUAUCAUUCUGGUACCCCUGUGGAUCCUGCUAUGUGUACGUAUAGGCUUGUGUUCACAUGUGUACUGUGAAAAUAGUUUACAAAGUAUUUCAUCAAAUAAGCUGUUUAAUUUCUGCAAUGAUAUUUUGCAUGUGAAUCAUACUUCCCCAUUUUUGUUUUGCAGUGCAUGCUAUGUGGCUGCUGUGCAGCUGUAAGGAGACGCUGGCACAGACGAAGAUCUUACAAUGUACAGUACACCACCAGAAACGGCCUCUUCUGAGGUGA